AUGAUACUGAAGAGGUACUUUUCUCAUAAUAUCCACGUGAAAGCACCUGAAAAUGCUGGAGUUGUAUUUUCCAGUGGCGUAACACCCAUGCGUUUUACUUUGGACUUCAAGCAAUGGAUUUUUAUCUGUAUGUGUGGAUUUUCCGGAGCAUUUUCUGGUAACAUCUUUUAUAACAAAUUUAUGUUGAACAAAAAUCCUCCAAAUCCUUCCAGAAAUCCUAAUGAAACGCCGCCAGAAUCUCAUCCUCAUACACCAGAAGACUAG